GGACUAACUUUGUAGACUAGGCUGGCCUUGAACUCACAGAGAUCCGCUUGCCUCUGCCUCCCAGAGUGCUGGGAUCACAGGCAUGCACCUACUUUUGUUUUUGUUUUUCUGAGAUGGGUUUCUCUGUGUAAUAGCCCAGGCUGUCUUGUGUCAAUGUCUUUCUUCAGGUUUUUAUCAAGUACGGUUUGAAAAUGUUUUUAGUUGUAAAGAAAAAGAAGAAAAUGCCUUUCUAUACCAGGCUGGCCUUGAACCAGAGAGAUUCACCUGUCUCUACCUAGUUUGUUUUUUUUUUUUUUUUUUUGAGACAGGGUUUCUCAAUAUAACAGAGCCUUGGCUGUCCUGGAUUCGAUUUGUAGAUCAGGCUGGUCUCCAACUUACAGAGAGAUCCACCAGCCUCUGCCUCCUGAAUGCUGGGAUUAAGGGUGUACACCAUCAGCACUGACUCCAAGGUCUACUUUAAAUGUCAGUGAUAGAGGUCCAGGAGAUGGCUCAGGGUUAAAAGUGCUUUACCAUGCAGUUCUGAGAUGCUGAGUCCUUAGAACACAUGUAAAACAGCUGGACAGGAAGCAAAGAAUCUGCAAUAGCAUCCUACAGGGACAUGGGAGGGAAAGACAAAGGAGUCCUCAGACACUCACAGGCUAGUGGGUGUGCACAGUGGAAAAACAACCCAAGACACCCUGUCUCAGAUGAGGUAGAAAGUAAAGACUGACAGCUAAGACUGUUCUCUGGUCUCCACAUGUGUGAACAUGCCCGCUUUAACUCAGCACACAUACAUAUAUCAUACACAGAAGAAAGUCAGUGAUAGAGUUGUGUUUAGGUAUGUAAAUGAGUUUGGUAUGUAAAUGAUAGGCUGUAUGAAAAAAAAAUCUAACACCUGUCCCACCACAACAGGAUUCUACAACUGUAGGCAUGGCUCACAUGUCACAUGUUUUAAUUUCUACAGUAAGCCUAAGGUACUGGGAGUUUAUAGAGAAGCCUCUAAGGCCUGCUAGUGCUCUGGCCUGUCUUAUUAUCUGGAUUCUGAGAAUAGUUACUAGCUAAUGCACAUUCUGAGGUUGUGGCUGCUGGUUUUCUUUCAGUUAUGAGGGGAUUCUGACAGAUGGACAGGGACUGACUUUAGCUUUGUUUAAAAUGAGAGGCUGAGUGUAAAGUGACUGGAGCAGAUGAGUGGGAUUAAUUUUGUGCUGUCAAAGAUCUACAUCCUAUGAGAUAAAAAGUAUUCUUAAAAGUUUUCUGCAUUUUGUUGGAUAUAGGCUUUUUUUCCUGCAGAGACUGAGGGAUUCUUCCCAGAAGUCAUUUAAGCCUGUACUGCUUUGAAGAUCUUUGAACACACACACAUUAACCUUUAGGUUGAGCAUGUUAAAUUUCCCAACGCUGCUACAUGAACACUUGUAUUAUAUUUAACUUACUUUGUAUGACAGUGAGUGUGUGUUGGUUCAACCCUACUUGUCCCGGAGCUCGUCAGGUAUGGCUGCAAGUGCUCCAACCUGUUGCGUAUCCUCGCCUGCCCAAGGAACCGCCUUCUAUUGGGAAAACUUUCGGUCUGUUACAUACUUUCACGUGUCAUUGAGCUUCUGCGCAGAGCACAUGAAGGAAGUGCAGGUCAGAAGGGCGUGCUUCCGCUCCGCAAAACGCCGCCAUCCACCCGCUGAGGGCCGUAUUUUAUUUGUCUGGUGAGAACGGGUGCCGUUUGCGGCUGCCGUAAAGCGUGACUGGCCCCGCCCCCGGUGCGCCUCCUGUGACGCAGGCGCCCAGGGCUUUUUGGGCGGGAAAAGGCGGCGGGCUGACGGAGCCGCUGUGUGUACGGAUUCGCGACUUUGGCGGGGCAGCCUCUCCCCCGGCAUGGGGCUGCUGGAGCUGUGCGAGCAGGUGUUCGGCACCGCAGACCUCUACCGGGUGCUGGGCGUGCGGCGCGAGGCUUCCGACGGCGAGGUCCGGCGCGGCUACCACAAAGUGUCCCUGCAAGUGCACCCGGACCGUGUGGACGAGAACCAGAAAGAGGACGCCACCCGCCGCUUCCAGAUCUUGGGGAGAGUCUACACGGUUCUGAGUGACAAGGAGCAGAGAGCAGUGUAUGAUGAACAGGGGACAGUGGACGAGGACUCUGCUGGCCUCAAUCAAGAUCGAGACUGGAAUGCGUAUUGGCGGUUACUCUUUAAAAAGAUAACGCUAGAGGACAUUCAAGCCUUUGAAAAGACAUACAAAGGCUCGGAAGAAGAGCUAAACGAUAUUAAGCAGGCGUACCUGGACUUCAAGGGUGACAUGGAUCAGAUCAUGGAGUCUGUGCUUUGUGUGCAAUACACAGAUGAGCCCAGGAUAAGAAACAUCAUUCAACAAGCUAUCGAUGCCAAAGAGGUUCCAUCCUACAAAGCCUUCGUUAAAGAGUCUAAACAAAAGAUGACUGCAAGGAAAAGGAGGGCCCAGGAAGAGGCUAAAGAAGCAGAGUUGAGCAGAAAGGAGCUGGGCCUGGAGGAAGGAGUGGAUAACCUGAAAGCACUAAUCCAGAGCAGACAAAAAGAUCGGCAAAAGGAAAUGGACAAUUUUCUGGCUGAGAUGGAAGCAAAAUACUGCAAACCUUCCAAAGGAGGUAAAAGAACGGCUCUCAAAAAGGAAAAGAAAUAAAGGAGUUUUUUUCUUCAUGGGUCCUUCUGUGUCAGUGGUGCUGUGGUAGACAAGGUGGAAGGCACCUGUUAGCCUAACCUUUGAGAGAAGUUGUCCUGCAUUAAAACAUGGAUCACCUAAGCCAAGCAGGUGUCAUCACCCUGUUCUUAGUAUUUCCUAGAAUUCACCUGACAUUGUAUCAGGGCUUCACAUGAAGGGUUUGUAGCAGUGAUGGUUGGGAGGGUGGAUUUGAUAUUUGCUUCCAUGGACCUUCUGCUCAGGGAGCUCUAUCUAGAAUAUUGGUUUCUGUGGACUGCUUUUGCUGAUGUACAUGCACUAAAGAGAUACUCUACCUAUGGAGAACACCCUCAGAACACUUGCUGAACAGCUAUCUUUUAAAUAAAUGCUAGUGUGCUUUGGUCUUAAUCUUA